CCCCCAAUCACCACUGCUGUUUAAUAUGCGGCCAAACCACCCGCUCCCACAAGAUCCGCCCAUAAUUCCGCACCAAAAAGUACGUCAAAACUCCACACACCAUCACAAUGCCAAAGUCCUCCUUCUUUGCCUGGUCCCCAGGGCGGUCAUCAGCACUCUUUACAUCCCACAUCUCACUCCCACAAGGUAAAAGGGGACUUACCGGCGCCCUCGGCAGCGGGACGAUAUACUUCUUGUAUUUCUCCUUGUCCUCCUUCCUCUCCCUUCUUUCCCUCCGUCUCUGCCUCCUCUCCAACUUCCUCGCCGACGCAGCGGCGGCGGCGGCGGCGGCAGCGGCGGUAGAAACGCCCUCCGCCUCCGUCAGCGCGUACACACUGUACUCGUCCGAGUCUACGUAGGUACAGUACGCGGCGUAGUCGGGGUCCUCGGACUCGUCGUUGUAGGCGAAGUCCUCGUCGUCCUCGGAGGAGGUGGGGGGGGAGGGGGG